AUGGAUUUAUAUCAUGAGGACGAGGCUGCUGUAACUUUUGUGCAUGACCUCAUUCAACAGCAUGUUGUGGAAUACUUUGGUUAUCAACAUGUCAAUGCAUUGCGCACCGCACUGUAUCGUUUUCCAGAUGAUCCUGUAGUUCAAGCUGCUUUCUAUGUGAAACACAACAGAAUAACACAAGGUUUAAUCAAUCAAGGCCAAUAUGCUCAAGAUGUCAAUUUGUACAGCUUAGACGGUCAGCCGACAAAUCUUUUUUCGCAGAUCUCAGUUGGUCAACCAUUGGUUGUUUUGACUGGCUCAUCAACCUGA